CAGUGAAAUUUUAGCCUGUAGCAACCAAACCACCCGUUUUCUCCCUAGCUAGGUCCCUAUCUCAGCGGAUAAGCACGAUGAGUUGAUGAGUCUUCGAUCCAUACCGGGUAAGAGCCGGGACUUCAUCACCGGUUCCAUCGAGUCGCACAAAAGCCACCGCCCAAGUCAACAGCGGCAACGGCGGUCGGUGCUGCCUUGGCGCUCCGAUCGUUGCUUGACCGUCUGGCUCGUCCGACCGUUCAUCGUUCAACCGCCAUCAGCUUCCUGCCCCCUUUCCUUGCACCGUACUUGCUUCAUAUGGAAGAAUGGCUGAAUUUCUGGACGAAACCGCGCACGGCCACGUUAUCUUUAUGUUGCGCGGCAAGACGUCUCAAUAUGGCCCCUGCAACUCAGUAGUUCGAUCUAUGCUUUUCUUUGAUUGGAAAUGGAAAAUCUUGACCGACCCGGCUGCUUCGACAGAGCCCCCCCGUCUGGUCAGCGCGCGGCUCCUUCUCCAAGUUUAAACCUGAGACCAGCACGCCCAGGCACAGCCCGACACUUCAAAUUCUCCCACUCGUAUCCAGUUCCAUCACAACACAGCUGGGAGAGCAAGCAAGAAAGCGCAGACUCGUAUCCAGUUCGAUCAACGGGCAGCAGCCAGCAGAAGCAGGGAGUCCUAGCUAGGUGAAGGAAUUCCACGGCCAUGGAGAAGUUCCUGACCUCGCUCGUCUUCUGCGAGGCGCCCCUGGACGGCUACAGCACCUCGGUACUCACCGCCGGCGCGACCAAGCAGCUGGUCUCCGGCGGCGCGACCAAGCCGGGUCCUCUCAAGCAGGACGCCGAGAAGGAGCAGGGGUUCUCCGGCAAAUCGACGCAGCAGCGGCGUGCUGCGUUUGAGCUGGCGUUCGACGGCCUCAACUGCUUCGACUCCGUCGUCAUGCACUGAUUAGUUUGGAACUUUCUGUGUAGCUGCAUCCAUUUAUUGACUUUGAUCCGCACGAGGGAAUUUUGGAACGCAAAAAAUGUUGAUAUAUCCGUCAACGUGUCUUCAUUUCUAGUGGAAUACUUGUGCUGACUUUGUCAAUUUAAAGGUCCGUCCUAUUAGUUUUUUCAA